AUAGAUAAACCUCUCCACUCUAAAAACCUCAAAAUUUCUUUCUUUUUUCACUUUGCCUUUGUAAUUCGUCAGAAGAAGAAGCUGGAGAGGGAUGAGCAGGGCUUGCAGUCUCUUCCAACUAUGGCACAGUCCUCCAGACACCAGAUUACUACUCUCAAUCACCAAAGGGCCGUACUUGAUACCUAGUGCCAGAAGUUAUCCAGGUCUGUGCUUCUGUAAGGGUUUACAGACUUCUACAUACGAAGUUGUCAAGGGAAGCUAUGUGCCCACCUCCCAGAUUAAACAAGAAAGUAAAACUGAGGAAAAGUCUCCAGAAAUACUUGAAGGUGUUGGCGCAUUUCAAAAGCUACCAAUGGUAAUGCCAUCCGUUGACAUUCUGUAUUCAGCACUAAGGAAGGCUAAGAAAGUUGCACCAACAAAAGGCAUUGCCAAUAUUGCAAAGAGAGAAAGAAAUAGAGGUGCAAAGCAACUUGAUGCAUUGAUGAAAGAAAUAGCAGUUCCGUUGAGGACUUAUUCGGAGAACUUUCCCAAUAAGAAGUAUCUGCACCCUUAUGAGCGAUCUCUUAUUGAAUUAACUCUCGGGGAUGGAAAUUAUGAACAGGUGUUGGGAAAGGUGGAUGCUCUGAGGAAAAAGGUUGUGUCUGUUGGAAAGGAACAUGCAUCUCUUUGUGCUAAGUCAACGUCGAAGAAGGAAGCAGAAACAAGACUGAGUGAGGGUUUAAAGAAAGUUGAGGAGACAUAUAUUCGUCAAGGAAAAUAUGUUGAUGAUUUGUUACACAUAGCCAAGACAUUGCGAGCAAUGCCGGUAGUUGAUCUAGAAACACCAACACUUUGUCUUGUUGGAGCUCCUAAUGUUGGGAAGUCAUCUUUGGUUCGUAUACUCUCCACAGGGAAGCCUGAGGUCUGCAACUACCCUUUCACAACAAGAGGAAUUCUAAUGGGUCAUAUCAUUUUAAACCAUGAGACUUUUCAGGUCAGUCGGUCUCUAAUUUUUUGCAGUAUAAAUCUUGGGUCUUAUAUUUUUGUUUUGGUUAUAUCUCGAAACCAUCUGCAGGUGACUGAUACUCCGGGCCUGCUGAAGAGAUGUGAUGAGGACAGAAAUAAUUUGGAAAAAUUGACACUUGCUGUCCUCUCACAUCUGCCAACUGCAGUACUGUAUGUCCAUGAUCUUUCUGGAGAAUGUGGGACCUCACCUACUGAUCAGUUUGUCAUAUACAAUGAAAUAAAGGAGAAAUUUGGUGACCAUCUGUGGCUUGAUGUUGUGUCCAAAUGCGAUCUAUUGCAAGAGUCUCCAGUGCUAUUUGCUACUGAUAAUGACGAUGAUAAUGAUCUUGACCUGGCAAGGUACCGGAAAUUGGGCCCUGAGGGAGCUCUUCAUGUGUCAGUGAAAAAUGAAGUAGGGCUCCCAGAGUUAAAAAGAAGAGUGCAUGAACUGCUGAAUACCCAAAUGACCAGGAUCCAAAGUCUGGAAACCAACCAAGAAACUCUUCAAGUUCUUACCUGAGAGAUCAUUUUCUAAGUUCAGUGAUUGGUGGCUGGUGGAUGAAGUAACGAUCAAUUUCCAAAUUUCUUCAUUCCCAAGGAUGAGAAGCCACUUUUGAACACGCUAAGCUGUGCCUCAUGAGAAGCUGAAAAUCUGGAGCGUGCAAGUGCUUGCCAAUAAUAGACUGCUGAGUUUUCAGAUUGCUUGGUCUAUUGCCAUUGUGAAAAUCUACUUGGCGACCGAGAUGAAAUAUAGGAGCUGAUUAAAUGCAUUGAAUACUGCACCAACCUCCUACUCAUACUGAGUGAAGGAGGAAAAAAAGUAUGUUAGGUAUUUCUUUUUUCCUGCCUAGUUGGUGAACAAGCUAUAUUAAAACAGUCGCCUACAUUUGCAAGAUGAACUGUUGAUAUUAUUUUAUAGAUCGCAUGUAUAGGUUUUUUCCCCCCGAUAAAGUAAAUAUACUCGUAGACAUUAAGCUUUGCUCCUUUUGUA